GAAGAGAGAUGGGUUCUUUCUUAAUCCAAAGAUUCUUCCUUUUUCUCCUCAUUUCACAAUCUGUUGCCCCAGAAACAAUCUUUCUUGAAAACAAGAAGCCAACAGCCUAUGAAGUUCUCAAAGACUUCAACUUUCCCAUUGGUCUUCUCCCAAAAGGUGUUCUUGACUAUGAUCUUGAUUCUUCCUCAGGAAAAUUCUCAGCUUUCUUGAAUGGUAGUUGUAGCUUCUCUCUUGAAGGGUCUUACCAAUUGAAAUACAAGAAUAUCAUUAAAGGGUACAUAUCAAAAGGCAAACUUGCUAGCUUGGAAGGUGUUAGUGUGAAGCUUCUCUUCAUGUGGGUUAAUAUUGUUGAGGUCUCAAGGAGAGGAGAUGAUCUUGAAUUUUCUGUAGGGAUUGCUGGUGCCUUUUUUCCUAUUGAUAAUUUUGAAGAGUGUCCUCAAUGUGGGUGUGGAGUGAAUUGCAAUAAUCAGCUAGUGAGAAAGAUCAAGAAAAACCCUUUUGUUUCUUCUUAUUAGAAGAAGUUUGAAUGAGAGAAUUGUAGUGUUGAAGUCUUGAAUUUUAUGGGUUCUUGUUGAUAUUUGAUCCAUAUCAAUGGAAUGAGUUGUAGUUAUCUUGGUAAAUUGGUAAUUUUUUUUAAUUGUAGAAUUAUUUGCGGAAUACAUUGUUUUCUGAUGGUUGCUUAUUGCUUGAAAAUUGAAACUGUCUUUUGAUGAUGAAGGGAUAUGGGGGAUUGAUAGCUAUUUCAUAGAAUCUUGUAACAGUGUCUCAAAAUAUUUGUGCUUGAAGUUUGUUACUGUAUGGCUCUAGGAUGGCAAUGACACGUGGAUGGUUCAAUUUUUUUUUUUUUUUUUGGAUUCUGUUUGGGAUGCAUGUCAAGUGCCAUUUGCUUCCAAUGAAGCUGUUAGAAUAUGGCACUGAAAAUACUUACCACGGUUGAUAAUGGAGGCAUUGUGCCAGAGUAUGAACUACCUGUUUAUGGUUUUAAUUGAGAUUGCCAAUGUCUUUUGCAUUAGUUAAGAGCUUGAGAUAGACACAAUUUCUGCAU